AUGUACUCCGAAUCCAAAGACCGCGUUGCACAUCGCGGAAACUCGCUGUUUGACCUCGGCGCUAUGUCGUCGGCCCUCGUUGAGACCAACAAUGAAACGCAGGUUCAACCAUACACACCCGCAGGGCAGGCAGCGAACAGAUAUGCCACGCCAAAGUUCCAGGGUCAAAACACCACCUCUUAUUCUGUCAUGGUCGAAUCUCACAACGACGAGCCGCUUCACCAGCGACUCUCCGAAGCCAAAGAUACUCCCCACGACAAGGGCCCGAAAUUUCUCGACUGGGUGCAUUUCGAAGAAACUACUCUUCCUCCGCGAGAAACCGCCCGAAAGUCCCGUCUCGAAAAGAUAUUCUCCCCGCUCAACUCGGUCAAAGCCGAACUCCCUGGCCACGUCAGCAUUGAAGGCUUCGGUGGCAUCGCCGAGACGACUCACAACCUCUUCCGCUCUGUCAAAAAAGACGAUUUCAUGCGAUCUGAGCGCAUCAUCCACCUCCCCAAAUCGGCCGUCGAUAAGGCAUCCAAACGGGAGCUUGAAAGACUGGAGAAUGAGCUCUUUGACCUGACAAAGUACAACGGGGAUAGCUGUGACUACCUAACCGUUGUCACUUGGGCUGAGGAGGGGAUGUCGGGCACCGUUACCCUCUUUAGAGUCAUUUUCGAGGGCGAAGACGAGAUAGUUGGGCUCCAGCCUGUAGCGGCGAUGCAAAACGUCCCCAACCCCGUGCUGGUGAAAAUGAGAACCCACGAGAGGAUCCAGAGAAAAGCAGUAUUUGUACCAGCUGACAAGGAAGCGGAAACGUUCAAAUGGACGGCAACUUCGGCGCAUUCGAGGGGGAGAAAGCCGUCUUAUGUCAGGCUUGAAGGUGGCAACAGUGAUGACCGACGGCCCGUUUCACCUGCAUUGAGGGAUCUUCGAUCAUCCAGCCAUAGCCGAAGCCAUAGCCGUCAUGGUGCGCUGGCGGACGCAGAUGGGGUUCGUGCUACAGUACCGCAAUUUGUAGCUUUGAUGCACGGACAUAGAUCCUUGUUGGAGGAAGUCGAGUCGAGCAGCACGAGGCAGGUGAUAACAGCAGACGGUGAGGCUCUGCCAGCUGUCACUCUGCUCAAACGCCCACGGUCGAACCCGCACGAGGGAGACAGUGUGCAUGUGGCUGUUUUGGUUCCAGAUCAGGCUGUCUGGGCUGACAGGGAGAUGCUCUGGAUCGGUGAGGGUAUUCUGGAGCUGCGGAAAAGAAAAUACUGGGGCCUCAUUGAGCGGCCGAGAAGCCGGAGCAGGAAUAGAAGCAGAAGCAGGAGCAGAAGUAGAAGUCGGGACCAAAGUCGAAAUCGAAGGCCAGAAACCCAUUCACGCCAUUCCAUUGGGGGUCACGCCCGUCGGCGAAGUCGUAGCCGCAGCCGCAGUGGGAGCCAAAGUCGCUAUAGUCACGACUCGAGGAGUCGUAGCAGACACCUUGCACUCGACUCUUUUUUAUAG